UUUGUUUGGUUCGUUUGAGUAGUUUUUGAACACGCCUAGUGGCCUAGUUGGGUAGCGCAUACAACAUGGCCGCCGUAGGGGAGACGUUGAUGCUCGAGAGAGAUGUCAAAAGGGCGAUCGAGCUGUUGGAGAAGCUUCAACGGAGUGGCGAGGUUCCAGCACAGAAGCUCGCAGCGCUUCAGAAGGUUCUGCAGAGCGAAUUCUGCAAUGCUGUGCGCGAGGUCUACGAGCACGUCUACGAAACGGUAGACAUCUCGGGUAGUCCCGACAUUCGAGCCAGUGCUACGGCCAAGGCGACGGUGGCCGCGUUUGCCGCCAGCGAAGGCCACGCGCACCCCCGCGUCGUGGAGCUCCCCAAGACGGACGAAGGACUGGGUUUCAAUGUGAUGGGUGGCAAGGAGCAGAACUCGCCCAUCUACAUCUCCCGCAUCAUCCCCGGCGGGGUCGCCGACCGCCACGGCGCACUCAAGCGCGGCGACCAGCUGCUCUCGGUCAAUGGCGUGAGCGUGGAGGGGGAGAACCACGAGAAGGCGGUGGAGCUCCUGAAGGCUGCCCAGGGGACCGUGAAGCUUGUGGUGCGCUACACGCCCAAGGUGCUGGAAGAGAUGGAGAUGCGCUUCGACAAGCAGCGCGCCACGCGCCGCCGCGCCACCCCCACGUCUUGAGCCGCCGACCCUUUUAUUCCCCAGGAGACUCUGUGCAUUCCAGACGGGCGGCCGUUUUGACGUAGGUAGCCCGUGCCUAGGCUUCCCCGCAGACGAUACCAACUGAAACGUUCAGUCCAAACCUUUUCCGUGAUACGGCAGUUUUCGUGGGCUGUAUUGUCUUUCGGUUUGUCAGAUAGUUUGAAGUGUGGGACCUUAACUUCAAGUCCCGCUUAGUUUGGACCGUAACUUUUUAUAUAAAAAAACAAACAAAAAAAACUGGCAGGUAAUUUAAAGAAGCACUGAGGACUGUUUCAGCUCGUAUUGUCUGCGAUAAUACUUUAAGGCUCGUUUGCACAUCUGUGUCCAAAUGGGAUCAACUGCGUGGCAACCGGUUCUAACCGUUUACGACCAGAGAGCACGCCAAUGCCAUCUGUCGGGCGGUGUGGGGGCGCCUGCGGUCUGCGUACAUAUUGUGUGUCGUUCUUUCGCUGUGGUCAAAAUAAUUCUGAUGAUGUUAUAAGAGAUCAUUUUUCAUAAACAGUGCAUAGAUCUGAUCUUGUUAAAAGUGCGAGCCCUACAAGCUAGUUGUAUGCAAAUCAGAAGCGCAAGCGAUUUCGAGUGGCUCUAAUCCAGUCGAUCGCACCGAGGCAGAAAUGUGCGAUACUGCCUUUACAUGUCCCCGAACAGUGUGCAAUCGGUCUCUCCUGUGUGGUGUUUGUACGACACCUCACGAAAAGAGUGUGGCAGCUUUAAAGAGAGAUUUUAUUUUGGGGUGGGCGGCGGUGGACGAACGCAUGGUUCAGGAAAGAUGCCAGUUUUAACCUCUUUUCUCUACUGAGAGGCGUUCACGUUUACUUUAUUGUUGUUAUAUUAGCAGUGCCAGUACAAAUCUUUCUUAAUCAUAGUGUAGAAAGUGCUUUUGGUCUGCCUUUAAUUAUUAUCUUUCUUAGUAAGUCGUCCGUGUUGUCUUCGUGCUUCUUUCUUCGUUAUAAAACCGGGAAUGAUGACACUUGGCACGAGCUUUAAGCGUAAUCAGUUUUGGCAUACUCGUGCAUUGAUCUUCUUGGCGUAGCAUGAAGUGCAGCAUAUGCUUUACCGAUACUACUGUAUAACGACGUUUUUACUUAUAAAGGUAUUUGGGUACAUUCCGCACUUGCGCAGCGACCUGGUGUGAUCUUGUAGCACCUGCUGUCUGUGGCCGGAAGAAGGAAUAGAUUCGUGGAGACGUUUCCAUCUUUUGAAACAUAGCUUCAGUUUAUUUUUUUUAUUUUCAUGUCCUACAAGUCACUUUCCACACAUAAAGCUCACAUUUCUUUUAUCCUGUAUUCACAAGGUUGCAUUAUAUCUGUAGCAGACGGGGAGGGGAACUGUUUUCAUUCUGAAACACAUUUCGAGGUGGGGUCAGAUAAACCAAGACAUUGAGAGGUGAAAUCAGCUGCUGGUUUGCUCGGAGCCCCCGCGAACGACAUGACAUUGUCUCGGUUUCUGAUUGUCCCCGCUACUGCAAACCAGCCCACAAAAACCUUUUUUGGUAUUCAAAGGAGUGAACAGAAUGGAAAAGACAUACACAAUAUAUGUAUUUUUUUUAAUGCAUUCCUUCCCGAUGAUUGAAUAGCUGCUGAGAUAGUCUGCACCGACACUGAGAGGUUGUAUUGCUCAUAAAUUAGAUGUGCAGGAACGACCUGCGAUGGGUAGUAGCGCUUUCACUAGAAAAAGAAAAAGGUAACCUUUAUGGUAACAGCAACAGGAACACCAACAGUCAAAGAUUUUUUUGUUGUUUUUUUUUGUUUUGCAGUGUUUUAGUAUGUUGGGAUACAGUCUAAGAACUGAACUGGUGGAGUGUUCGGACCUCCGGGUUCUAGGCCAACGUGUGACAAAGCGCGCUGUCUCAAUGGCCAGCGGGAUGACGGAAAUCUCGUAACUACCUGCUCGUCCUUAUAAAAAACUAUGACGGCUUCAACAGACCUCUUAGAAUAAAGCAUGACGUAACAACGGGAGCGUACACAAGAAACAGUUUCCUAGAGACAAUGUUCAAACAAACCGAAGCACGAGACAAUGUUGCGACCGGAGGUCGCGCGUAAUAUGCGCAACUAUCAAGAGCUCCCACGGAUGAGUCGUAAUAAUGAACGAAGUACACCGUAUAUACAGCGAAUGUACACAUUAAAUAACAUCCAAACCAUUGCAAUUAGAUAGUAUACUCACAUUAUCACAUUAUUUUGAUGUGUUUCAUAACAACCACGUUGCCUGCGCAGUCUGAGAAAAAAAAAAUAAAAGAAAGAUGUUGUACACACCUA